UGUGGAAAUGGUUGUGGACAUCGUCCAGAGGCGAGAAUAAUAGGGGGCUCAACGGCCUCCCCUCAUUCAUGGCCUUGGCAACUAUCACUGAGGAUCAUGAAUGGUCACUCUUGUGGGGCCUCCCUUAUCAGCCCCAGAUGGGCCAUCACAGCAGCUCACUGUGUGAUGAGAAGUAAUGACCCUCACGUGUACAGCCUUGUCGCAGGUACGUCUAUAGUGGGGCAGCUUAAUGCUAUAAGAAGGACCCGAAAACAUCAGAUUUAUUAAGGUGAAAAGUACACUUUCUCAGUAGGAUUAGACAAAUUAUAUCCGCAUAAUUCACACCACUCUAGGGAAUCCAAGAAAGUCUUAGAUUCUGGAUUCCACGCCAUAGAUUUCGAAAUCCAGGUACUGGAUUUCGGAUUCUUUGUGAGUGGAACUUGGAUUACGGAUUUCAAAGCCCAGGCUUCCAGAUUCCACAUGCAAAAAUUUACCGUAUACUAGAUUAACUAACAAAAAAUGGGUCUAAUCAUUUCGAUCACAAUGCCGGCUCGGUAUCUAACUGGAUUACCCGGCAUAAUGCGGGCAUAAUACCCACUCAUUUACGUGCAGCUUAACUGAGCACAUUUGCAAUUAUCGUUGUUUUACGGCAUUUAAAUCGCAAAAUACGUGCUCGCUUUUGAUAAUAAACAUGAAUAAAUAUAUACCAAUUUGCACAUUUAUAAAAAUUAUAAAUUUAUUAAUCCUUACUCUCAGUCAAAAGUACAAGGAGAUACAUUUAAAAUAACGCAGCUCUACGAACUAAAAGGCAGAGAUGCACCAAAGAUAAAGGUUGAUUUCAGUUGAGUCUCACACUGCACCAGUGUUGCACAGAAUCGCCUCCAAGACGGUCUUUGAUUCUGGAUUCCAAUCGUUAAUGGGAUUCAGAUUACUUGAGCUGUAUUCCGGAUUCCAAAAGCAAAAUUUUCCAUGCAGAUUCUGGAUUCCACAGGCAACUAUUUUCUGGAUUCCCUUACAUGGAGCAAACAGAACCUAUCCGAUGCGACACUCCACUGAUGCGAUCGGCACAGCGCAGCUUUGCUUCCUUACAGAAAUCGAGCCGAAAUUACCGUUGUUUUCAGUUGUGUGAGCAGAAGCCCCGUGGUGUAUGGUAUAUAGUGCAGACCCAAGAGCUAUCCAUUAGGGGCCGUCGACAUAUUCACUUUUCCCCCGCUUAACGUCAACUGAACGUUUAGGGGGGCACUUUUAAGGCAGUGGACGUUAGUGCGGGGCAUUUUUGGACACAAGCAAACUGAUGCAUUUUCAUACUAAAAUUUUACGUCAUGUGUGGAACGGCGCUCGUGACAUUAUUCAAUAGAAAGCAGGACCAAUUAAAGAAGGGAGUGUAAAUUUUGAUCUUUUAAACCCUCCCCUUAACUACUAGCAAAUGGACCUAUUCGGCUAACUCAAUGUUGUACCCAAUUCAAACCCUUUGGGAAUAAACAUUUUGUUUCAGGAAUUUCCAUAUCAUUUAAAUGUGAAUGCCACAUUAUAAUGCUAAUACAAUGCACAAAGAAUCUUAUCCCCGGGAGAUUUGAAUUGAGUACAACAUUGAGUUAGCCGAAUAGGUCUAUUGUACAUUUUACAUUGUGAUCUUUCAAACUCUAUAUUAAAAUAUGAAUUUUCUACCGGCCGUUUUAAAAGCAGUAAAUUGUGUUGAUGCCGUUGACAUCUUCACGCAAUUGCGCCAGGGGGGAGUAUUCCUUUUGGGGGAGCAGCAAAAUUUCAAGUGGACGUUAAGGAGGGGGAGGGAGGGAGGGGGUCUGACCUUAAUGUCCAGUUGACGUUAAGCGGGGGAAAAGCGAAUAUGUCGACAGCCCCUUAUAGAGUAAACAUAGCCAGUGUUCGACUAACAUUCCCUUUAUGACUAUUUCUAUAGGAGCGCACCGCAUUGAUGGAGAUGGUGUCGAAUAUCGCAUCAAUAAAAUCAUCACUCACCCUGCAUAUGGUGUCGCUUACCACAGGAAUGAUAUUGCAUUGUUGAGACUUGUCAAACCUGUAAAACUAGACUCAAAAGUUGGCACCGUCUGUUUUCCACCGAAAGGCUCACGGGUUGCCCCUGGUACUCGAUGCUGGAUAUCAGGUUCUAGUGCUAUCAGCGUUAGGUUCAAAUCACACAGAGAAUACAUAUACAGAUCAGUGUGAAAAAUCUUCCUUUGCAUUUGCAUUUUGGGUUUAAAACCCCAAUAUUAAGCUACAACUUCACCAUACCUGAUCUCCAUGCAUUUUCACACUCCUCCGUAACAGACCCAGUGGAAUCUAUGUCUUCACUGAGUUCUCGAAGAAAACGUCACAGGGUUGGUCUUUUUUCCACUGGGUUUUUCUUCUUAGCUGUGUACUUCCCAUAAAGCGGAAAGGGGUGGCCAUAAUCUAAGAUCUUGUAAGACUAACCCAGCGCACCUCAGAAUACCUGUAUCACGCACUGUUAGGCACAAACAAUCAUUUAUUCCUAGAGGUGCUAAUCUUAACUUAAUUUGAUAUGUAUAUAUAAUAUGUAGUGUUUUGAAUUUUUAUUGUAAUAUUACCGUAAUUCUUAUCGCCAAAGGUAAUAAAUAAAGGUUAUUAUUAUUAGCUGGGAAGAAACAAACUUUUCGCCGGGUAUCGGGGGGUAGGGGGGUGCCUCAAUUAUCACUGGGUAGGGUUUCACUGGGUCUGUUACAAAGGGGUGUAUUUCCAGUAAAGGCCGAGUUGAAAGAAUUUGAUAAAAGAUCAAGGCAUUUACCCUUUGGUGAUCAUUUUAUUAAUUCUAAUGGCCUUGUUUCUUGAUAAUGUAUUUCGAGAAAAUUUGAUGUUGCUCACACCUAGGAAUUUUUACAGAUAUCUCGACGCAAUCUUAAGAUGUAUGGUCAUAGCGAUUUUUCGUACGUUGCACCAUGGUUAUGGAAUUCCCUUUCCGAUGAUAUGAGGAAUUGCGAGUCGUUUACCACUUUUAAAACUAAGUUUAAUACCUUUCUCUUUAAACCUAUUUUUAUUUAAUAUUGUAUUAUGAAAUUAUUUGUAAUAGAACCUUUUAUUGUUAAUUAACAGUGUUUUAAGUUGCCUAUUUUAAAUUUCUGAUAUUGUAAAGCGAUGUUGUAUACUUUGUAGCAGGAGCACUAUAUAAAUUAUCGAAUUAUUGAACUUAGGUUGGGGUACAGAGCGCUAAAAUAACAUAAAGCAAAGUAAAUAAAUAACGGCACGAUUUAGAAUAGAGACUAGGAUAAUUUUUUUUUAAACAUUUUUAUAAGACGGGGACCGCAACAUGAUCGUCUUUGACUGGUAAAGAAAAUCCAUACCUGAUAUCUCUUUCGUCAACGUGGAAACUGGGGUUUUUGGUUGGUUAUUUUCUCUCAUAAAGAUUCGAGGCAUUAUAUAGAACAGGUGGCAAAGAAGGACGAAACAUAGAUUGUGAAACAAAAACUAGGAAAACCAAUAAGACAUCCUAUUAAUAAGAGAAAAAGGAAAACUUGAUGAAGGACGCACAUCCUUCAGUCUUGGUCAGGUAACGUGACUCGAAUUUGCAAUGAAGAAAUCAACGAAUACAAGGCACAAACAAUGACGAUAGCUGGAUUCACAACCCGCCAACAAACUGACUGGUGGUAAAAUAUUGGCUACUUGUUACAUUAAAACCAAUGAAAUACCCCUGGAAAGGGUGACAGUUGUUCUGGCUACAUAAUAAAUAGCGCCCUUUGCAUAUUACAGUGAUUAGUUUUUAUAUAAUAAAUAGGACAUUCCAUGGCCGUUUGGAGGUAUAGAAUUUCUCUUCAAGUGAUGAAAUUAGAUAUUUCCGCGAGGUCAUGUAAUAUCCUCUAUUUAAAUAUAAUUACAGAUCCUAAAUUAAAGUGACUCUAUUUAUUUUUUUGUUUGUUAGCGGUGAACCCCUGGUGUGUGAAGAGAAGGGCAGUUGGAUUCUCCGAGGUGUCACUUCGUGGGGUCAUGAGAAGUGCAAAACCGAUCACUACAACGUAUACACUCGUGUCAGCUUCUACAUCUCUUGGAUUGAGAAUCAGAUUGCAAGUGAGUCAAGGCAUUAA